UGGCAUGCGCUGAUGUAAACGAGAGUCGGAAAAAUGGUGGCCAGCGUCAGAGUGCAGAAGCUUCUCCGACGGUACAAACUAGCGAUUGCCGCCGCUUUAACGAUACUUUUGAUUCAAGGGCUAGUAGUAUGGAGUCUGAGAAGUCUUGAAGAGGGAGAGGCUGAGAGGAAAAUGCGGCGGUCGAAGCUCCCGGAUCACAACAGCCAGGACCCCAAGCGGGAGGCGGGGCCCUGGGAGAGACCGAACUCCUUGUCCGGGAGGAGCGGCUCGCAGUGGAACGGCAGACAGGAAAGGACCGGGGGCACUGCCGCCAGCGCCCUCCGGAGGGGUGCCAAGCGCAGAGGAAAGCCCACUGUCAGGGUGAAAUGGCCUCCGCACCAGGGGGAAGUUGCAGCGACUGACAACGUGCCCCCCCACGACCCCUCCAGCAGCCGCAACUUCACAGAGACGCGUAGGCGAGGCGAGAGGGUGACCAGGCCACCUCCCCAGCCCAUACCAUGGGAGCCUGGCAGCGUCGAGGGGGCUCCCCAAGCCCCCAACAGUGACUUUGUACCUAAGUGUGACAUCGUGGGCAAGGACGCCCUGUCGGCGCUACACCGCGCUGGCUCACGACAGUGCAGACAAGAGAUCGCCAACAUUGUUUGUCAGCACCAGGCUGGGCAGCUUAUGCCGGGACCGCUGCCGCAGUUCUGCCCGCAGCACGGCCUGUCCGACCCGGUCCAGACGGGCGACGUGCUGGACAAUGACCUGUAUCAGGUGGAGAACCCGGUCCGGGUGGCCUUUGUACUAGUGGUCCACGGCCGGGCCAUCAGACAGCUCAAGCGCCUCAUUAAAGCCAUAUACCACCGGGACCACUUCUACUACAUACACGUGGACAAGCGCUCCAACUACCUGCAUCGGGAGGUGCAGCAGAUUGUUCAGCAGUACCCCAACGUCCGUGCCACACCCUGGCGCAUGGUGACCAUCUGGGGUGGUGCCAGCCUGCUGAAGGCCUACCUGCGCAGCAUGCAGGACCUGCUCUCCAUGCUGGACUGGAAGUGGGACUUCUUUAUUAACCUCAGUGCUACAGACUUCCCCACCAGAACCAACGAUGAGCUUGUGGCUUUUCUGUCGCAGCACAGGGACAAGAACUUCCUCAAGUCACAUGGGCGGGAAAAUGCAAGGUUCAUAAAGAAGCAGGGUCUAGACCGGCUCUUCCACGAGUGUGACAACCACAUGUGGCGGCUGGGAGAGCGGACCAUCCCCGAGGGCCUGGAGGUGUCCGGGGGCUCCGAUUGGUUUGCCCUCACCAGGCGCUUCGUGGAGUACGUCAUCAACUCCCAGGAUGAGCUGGUGGCCGGCAUGAAGCAGUUCUACACCUACGCCCUGCUCCCCGCUGAGUCCUUCUUCCACACGGUGCUGGGGAACAGUCACAUGUGUGACACCCUGGUGGACAACAACCUCCGCGUCACCAACUGGAACCGCAAGCUGGGCUGUAAGUGCCAGUACAAACACAUCGUGGACUGGUGCGGCUGCUCCCCCAACGACUUCAAACCCCAGGACCUCAUCCGCAUUCAGCAGCUGACCCGGCCAACGUUCUUCGCCCGUAAGUUUGAGUCUAUGGUGAACCAGGAGGCUAUCGACAUCCUGGACACUCAUCUGUACGGCCAGUAUGCUCCAGGGACGGCGGCCCUCAAGGCCUACUGGGAGAGUCUGUUUGAGCGGGCGGACGGGGUGGGCUCCCUCAGCGACGUGGCCCUCACCGCCUACUCGUCCUUCUUCCGCCUGGGACUUCGAAGCCUGGAGAGUAGCCAGACCAGCACGGAGACCUGCAGCUAUGAACCCAUUGGCUACCCGGUGUCGGUGCACCUGUAUUUUUACGACGAGCGUUUCCAGGGCUACCUGGUCCGUCAGGAGGUACAGAACGUCGUGUCCGGAGCCAGGGAAACCGUGGAGGCGUGGGCCGUGCCUCAGGCCACUCUGCAACUUGACACCAACCUCAGGGAAUUUGAGAGGCUCAAGAACCUGGAGGUGGGCACGGAGUGGGACCCCAAGGAGAGGAUCUUCCGGAACUUCGGCGGGGUGAUCGGCCCGCUGGACGAGCCGGUGGCGGUGCAGAAGUGGGUGCGGGGACCCAACCUCACCGCCACCAUCGUGUGGAUCGACCCAGCCCUGACGGUGGCGGCGUCGUAUGACAUCAGCGUGGACGUGGAUGCCGAGUACACGCAGUACAAGCCGCCUCUGCAGCGACCUCUCCGCCCCGGCGCCUGGACAGUCAGGGUGCUGCGGCAGUGGGAGCGCGUGGCCGAGGCUCGAUUCCUCGUCAUGCCCCUGGCCUUUAAAGGUCGAGAGCCGCUUCGCAGCGAGGAGGACAGCUGGCUGCAUGCUGGGCCCCCGGGCAACCUGUACCUAGAGCAGGGUUUCCAGCAGUUGAGCUCCGUUCUGAAGCUGCCACCCCAGGAGCCAGCUCUGCAGCAGGCCCAGAGGAGGGCCCAGCUGGUGGGCAAGCCCCUGGAGGCCUGGGUGGACAGCACCGUGGGGGCCUUCUGGGUGACCGGGGACUUGUGCUCCACCCAGGCCUCGCCGGGCCCCUGCUCUGCCCUUGGCCCCUGCGCCUCGUCCACCUGGAGCUCCCUUUCCCCAGACCCCAAAUCAGAACUGGGUCCUGUCAAAGGUGACGGCCGGAUCAGGUAGCCCCCUGGAAUGGAGCCAUGCCGGUCUACCCUGGAGGAAGAGUGGGGAGGCCCCGGUGACUGGGAUCUGGUCCCCAAGGCUGACCCAUACCUGGACAAGUCUACUCCCUACACUGAAAGGACAUCUCUCAGUUCAGAGCCAACAUGGCCUUUUCAGACAAAGAUGAGUGCUAAAAAUUUGCACAUGAAGACUUCAAGAUAACGUUGUAUUUGUGUUGUUCAAACAUUGUCACACCGUUACAUGGACAAUGUUUGUCAUUCGUCUGCACGUUGGUCUUCUGUCAGGUAGGACUUUGGAAAGAGCUCCACUCGCACGUUUUGAACUCUGUUCAGUGCACAGUUUUCUUCUGCUUUAAUGAAUUUAAAGCAGUGGCCAACAUUGUGACAGUGGCUCAGUUGUGUGUGUUUUAUUGUUUUCAGAGGGCAGCAGGCCCUCUGAACUAGUAUUCUUAUGCUUAUUUUGAAGCAUUGUAAUCAGAACUUCAGUAGCACAUUGAUGAUGUGCACUUUACUGUAUGACUGUAAGGUUGCACAGGAACAAGAUUAGGCCUAAUCGAAGAAUGAGAAGCUUAAGAGCUGGCUAUGGAAGUCUUCAUUGUCGGACGGCCUUUUCUCUUCACUACCAUGUCUUUGUAUCGAAGUGCUUCUAGAACAUUUCAGCGUCACUAUCACAGACACAUUUGCAUAUUUGAACAAGCUAGCUGACCUGGAGGCGGAAUAAUAUUUGAGUCUGGACUUCCCAGCUGGGACAUAUUUAAUCAGAGUUCAAGUUAGGAGAGUUGUCUUCUCACGUUAAUGCUUUGUUUACUGUGACAUUUGUCUGUUUUAUUUGUUUGUUUGCAUCGAUCAGAUAUGUCUUUUUAUUAAUUUUUUUGUCCACUGCUAAAAAGCCACCAGGGGGGUGUGUCAGAGGAAGAGCCUAACUGAUGUGGUUGAUAUUCUCCAGUUAUUGGCCUGGCUCCAGGGUGACAUCUUCAUGGAGCACUACGCCCCGCCAUAUUAGGUGUAGUCAGAGUUAUGCCUCCCUGUGUAGGCCUGUCUUUAGUUGACAUGCAGUGCUGUCUAUCCUGUCCAUGACACGAUGAACAACCCUCUGUCAUCUACUUAACCACUUAAGUGUUUAUACAGAAGCAUUACUAUAACACUGAAACGCGCCCAAGAGGGAUCAACGUGACCGUUUUGGGCGGCCAGGUCAAGAUAUUGAUGCUGCCUUCACUUUGUUAAUAUACCUUGUUUUUAAUGGGAGAAUAGCUUGAAGAUGUGAUAUUAUUGCUUGUUUAGAUCAUUAUGAAACCCUACCCGAUGUCUACAUUUUUAUUUUGAAAUUGUUUCCAACAGGCUGAAACCCCUAGCCUCUUUCCUUUAGAUUAUUAUCUAGUCCACCAAUAUGAGUUUACAAGUGACCUUGUUUCUCACAAUUGCUUCAGUGAAGCCUCCAUUUCAUCAAAGGAAAAGCAGAGCACUGUUUAGUUUAAAUAGUAUAGUCUAUUCAUAUUUUUGUAUUUUAGUCUUUGAGAAAUAUUUUCCAUCCAUUCAACAGCAACCACUUUGACACUUAAGAACCACUUUCUGUAUCAUUCUUUUGUCGUUAAGUGUCACUUAAAACAGAUCCCCGCCCCCUGUUGAUCAUGGUCUCUGCUGAUGCACCCCUCAGCCCACUCAUGACUCACGCAUGAUGACGGCUGUGUUCCCCUGCUCAGACGUUGCAUGCAUCAACCAAUGGUUAUGUUCAGUGGCACUGACUGGCAGAUUGCUAUGACUCCGAUGUGGUUAUUUAUUCAGGAAAAUACCCAUCCAGGCAUUGUAAGAUCUGUUAAGCAUCAGUGAUGGCUGGGCAGAAGAACGUGCCUGAUGACAUCUGGCACUGGCUCCAUCCCUGGGGCACCACAGUGCUGGACUGGAAAGGAGAUUGCUGGCCAAUCACAGAAGCCUCUGGUAUAACCGUCAUAACCCGUCGACUAGUGGCACAGUGGAAAAAUAAAUCAUUUAUCAAAUCUG